UGUAAAAAAAAAAAUGUAGAAAACGCCAUAAUUCAGCAGUGAUGUGUCAUGUAAAUGCAUUUAAAAAUAAAAGAAAAUACAUCGGGUGAAGGAAAAGUAAAGAGAGCUCCAAAUAUUUGUGCUGUUUAGGAAGUCUAAAUGAUGACAAGAAACCUGAUUGUCAGCUUUCUCCAUGCAUUAUUUGCAUACAAGACUUGUUCUCAUGCGAUGCAUGACACACAGCAACAAAUUCCCAGUUGGCAGUUGAAGGAAGUCUGUUUACUGACAAAGCAGAGACUGCUCAGCUGCUUUGGUUUAGUUGUUGGUUCUACUGAGCUAAUCUCCAUAACUCAAGGUUCCCCCGUCUCAGUGGAAAAUUACAGCAAGGAAGUAGUGGCUUUAUCAAGACCCAUUGUCAGUGCCAAACACUUUUUUUUUUUUUUUUUUAACUGAGGCAGCACAGUGUGCAGACGAAUCCGACAAUAAUUAGGUCAUAGAGGAGCCAAAGGAAACCAUAGCUACUUUGUUUCUCACUCUGGUGCUGCUCAUGACAUGUUGUUUGUGUAGAGAUUCAGCGGUGCACCCAGCUGAGAGGAAUACUGAUCACUUUGCCGUUGCUACACUGGUUUCCUGAGGGAGGGGAGCUUUGUGAUGGAGGGACAGUCCUUGUCCUAUAAAUGUGGAGGUGGUGUGGGCGGACAUUUCAGGUCAGGUUUCAUUGUAUCUGUUGGGUGAUCCGCUGGUGUUUUGAACACGUCAAGGGAAUUUCUCAAAGGAAACAGCAGCAUGGAGGUGCCGGGCCAAGACAACAGCCUUGUGAAAAAGACUCAGCUGUUGGACCGUGGCCAGUGGGCGAACAAAGUGGAGUUCCUGCUGGCUGUAGCAGGAACUCUGGUGGGUCUUGGAAACCUGUGGAGGUUCCCCUACUUGUGCUACAAAAAUGGAGGAGGAGCAUUUCUCAUUCCAUACGUCCUAUUUCUGCUCUCUUGUGGCAUCCCAAUGUUCCUCCUGGAGACGGCCAUGGGGCAGUUCACAUCUCAGGGUUGUAUCACCUGCUGGAGGCACUUCUGCCCCUUGUUCGAAGGGAUCGGUUAUGCCACCCAGGUGGUGAUUGCCUAUGCUGCAGUGUCAUACAUCGUUAUCCAGGCAUGGGCCUUCUUCUACCUCUUUUCAUCCUUCAGCCCUGAGCUUCCCUGGGCCAACUGCAGGAACACCUGGAACACAGAUGCUUGUGUUGAAUUUGGUAAAGCAAAUGUUUCCUCCAACUGGACAGCUGCUGCAAAUGCAACAACUCCUGCAACAGAAUUCUGGGAGAGACGAGUGCUGGGAAUAUCUCAAGGGAUUGAGGAGAUUGGCAUCCUGAGGUGGGAUUUGGCCCUGUGCCUCUUACUGGCGUGGAUCUUGUGUUACUUCUGUGUUUGGAAAGGAGUUAGAUCCACUGGAAAGGUAGUUUACUUCACAGCCACUUUUCCGUACCUUAUGUUGGUGGUGCUGUUGGUGCGUGGACUCACUUUACCUGGAGCUAUGGAUGGCCUAGCUUUCUACCUGUACCCUGACCCCACAAGGUUGGUGGACCCUCAAGUAUGGAUGGAUGCCGGUGCACAAGUUCUUUUCUCAUUUGGGAUUUGUCAGGGGAGUUUGACGGCUCUUGGCAGUUAUAAUCAAUAUAACAAUGAUUGUUACAAGGACACAUUUCUUCUGUGUCUGGUGAACGGUGGUUCCAGUUUUGUUGCAGGGUUUGCAAUCUUUUCUGUUUUGGGCUUCAUGUCCUAUGAGCAAGGACUGCCAAUAUCUGAAGUGGCUGCCUCUGGACCCGGCUUGGCAUUCAUUGCCUAUCCACGUGCAGUAGCCAUGAUGCCUUUUCCUCAGUUAUGGGCUAUAUGCUUCUUCGUCAUGGUCAUCUUGUUGGGUGCAGACACACAGUUUGUGAGUCUGGAGUGCUUGAUGACCUCCCUCACAGAUAUGUUCCCCACUGUGUUUCGAAGAGCGUAUCGCAGGGAACUGCUGCUGCUCUGUCUCUGCACCGUUUGCUUCUUACUCGGCCUCCUUCUCGUCACCGAGGGAGGCUUGUAUUUCCUCCAGCUCUUUGAUCACUAUGUUUGUAGUGGCAACAACCUUCUCCUUCUUUCGGUGUGUCAGUCUAUAGCGAUUGGAUGGAUUUAUGGUGCAGAUCGCCUCUAUGACAACAUUGAAGACAUGAUAGGUUAUCGUCCAUUUCCUCUAAUGAAGAUAUGCUGGCUUUACAUUACUCCUGCUGUUUGUAUGGGUACCUUCAUCUUUUCCGUGGUGAAAUACCAGCCUCUCAAGUUCAACAAGACCUAUAUCUAUCCGACCUGGGCGUACGCUCUGGGCUGGUUCCUUGGACUGUUCUGUGUUCUCCUGGUUCCUCUGUGGAUAAUUUUUAAAGUCACUCAGAUGAAAGGGACAGUUAUCCAGAAUCUCAGGCAGCUUUGUCGGCCUGAAAACAAGACACACAGCGCGGCAAAGCAACCGGAGCAGUGCCCUUUGAACCCAGACAACAAUCCUAUGCCCGCUGCCAACGACUACAAGGGAAGCAGUGGAGCAGAGAUGGAGAUGCAAUUCUCAAGGGACUAGUGGUUAGUAAGGCAGCUUGACGACCGUGAGGUCAUUGGUUUGAUCCCCUGUAUGGCCAAGGCUGAGGCCAUGUGAGCAACAACCUAAAAUCAUCUCCCUGAGCACCUUGCAUUUGCGUAUAUGGCAUAAGUUGAUGUGAUUUCAAGACCUGUACUGCCACAGUUGCAAAUGAGAGGUAAAGGACUUGUGGACAAUGUGUUCCCGUUUCCUUGCAUAAACUGACGGGGAUACGGGCAGCGCCAUCUUGCAAGUUUGAAGCCAGAGUCUGCGCAAUGCAGUCCAACAAUGGAACCAUGAGGAGCCGCGAUAUCAAUGACCCGACCACAAUGCUCUACCUCCACCAGUUACAGAGAAAUGUUGGCUUAUACACUGUACUUUUUUUUGAUUGAAACUUGAACAUUCAUCAACAGUAUAUUAACUACCUAAAAUGACAGAAUCCAUCCUCAUAAAAAUAUAUUUGACGUGUAUUUUAGUGUUUUAAUUUGGCCCAAGUCCCAUCCACUAACAUGAGGAGGUGGAGUUUAUGACCUAUACCGCAGUCAGACACCAGGGGGAGUCCUACUUGCCUUGGCUUGACCUUAGAGGAGCAGUUCUGUGGUCCAUCUUUAUACAGUCUAUGCUCUGCCCUCAGAACAUGUUUUGAUAUAUAACAUACUAUAUAUAACCAGUAUAUUAUAUUUCAGUGUCAUAGGCGCACAUUUUAUAGGAGUGGUCUCAGACUUUUAUACUGCACUGUGAUUGUUUUACUGAUGAUGUAAGUAUGAUGACAGCUGAUUCCUGGAAAAUUAACUUCACUUUUUGGGUGACAUCAAAGAUGUUAAAAUAGAAAACGUAGUAAAUGUUAGUAACUGCACAAAGAAUCACAAAAUACAUAUUCACUGCCAGUCAGUUCAAGUGGAGUUUUGUAUAAGCCUGGUCAAAUUAUUUUACUGAAUUAUACCCAUGCUCUAAGAAAUUAAAAUAAAUGACGUGUUAUACUGUUGAACUCAUAUGACUUAAUGUUACAAUCCCUAAGAAUAAUCAGCAAUAUCAGUGAUAUAUGUGAUGUGUGAUAUAUGGGCUAUCCAAUGUGGGGUGACCAUAUGGGGCCUUUCUCUUGAUCCAAAGCCAGGUGCUGCCUCUCUCUGCAGACUUCACGCCUUGCCAGAGGGUCUGGCCUCGAGCCCCCAUACUAGAGAAGAGCCUUGUUGUUGAUGUGGCUCCGAAUCCUCUACAUCCAACCCCUACUGUGUCUUAAUUCGUGUUGACCUGUCAAAUUCUUUGAUCUUUACAAUUGUAAAGCAUGUGUCGUAAUUUACAAGUUUUACACCGUGGCCUAAUGAGUUUCAUGCAUGCACUGCAAGCAGAGGUACAAAGUCAUUUCAUGACAUUGGUCCAUAUAAUCUAAUAGUUCCUCUACACUAAAUUAUUCCAAGAGCUGUGUUAUGCAGUAUAAAAGGAUCUAGUCAUGUAACGCUUUUAAUUUUGAUUUCUUAAGUACAUUUACGCAAAACACAAAGUACAUUCAGUGUACAACUCUUCAUCCUUUUAUAACUGGGCUGUGCUCACAUUCUUAUCAAGCUCACAUGAAAUAGUAGACACCUGUCCUCGCCUGAAGCAACUUGGAUUGACUUUAAAUACAUAUCAGUCGUUCUUGGGUUAUUUUUAUGACAUCUUGGUUCCAUGCAACUAAAGAGCUUUAGGGCACAAAUAUCUUUAAGCCUUACUCACGUGUGAUAUACAAAAAAAAAAAAAAAAGGAUGCGAUUGAUGGGAAGUGGUGAAGACAGUCGACGUCAAGUGGAGACAGGUGGCACAACAGUAGCAUUACCAAGAAUAGGACGACCCUCCAAAAUACAGUAGAUGCGCAAACUGGUCGGGGAGAUUUUUGGACUCACACCAGCAGUAGAGAACGACAGUCACUAUAUCUUGUUUUUGGAUGUAUUUUUUCUUUGUCUGGAAUUGGGGAUUUAGUGAAUAGGUCCAAGUAGCACUGAGUUAUGGAAAAGAAUCUGCUAUAAAGCUGACAACUCUUAGCUUCCAUCGUGACAAUGGUCCAAAGCACACAUCAAAAUCAAAGAAGGUGUCACGUGUUGGUGUAGCCCAGUCAGAGUCCAUGCAUGAACCCUUUGGAAAAUCUUGAGGUGGAUGUGGAGUGGACCCAGCACAGGAGCCGUCCUCACAAUUACGACAGAUCUGGAAAGUCUGACUGACCAGCUGAGCACUUCCACUAAGUUUACGGGUGUACAUGGUUAUGGAGUUAGGUUGUUUAACGUUUUUUAUUUUUACCAUUUUUCCUUUAAAUGCUGCACUUUGAUGGUCGGUGUCACUGUGGUGAUUGUAAUUUUCAAAAUAAAUGUACAAAUAUUCUGA